CCAUCUCUGUUAGCGAAACCCAAAGCCUGCGGAAUGAAAAAUGGAUGACUGACUCAGAAGAUCCUAAGCUACACUGGCAGGAUUGGAAAGAAAGGGGAAAGGUCCACAUGCCUUUCAGUUUGGGAUCAUGCACGGGGUGCUCGGGUGGGCCCAUUCUCAACAAGUCAAACAAGAACACAAAGAGGGAUUGUCCCCAUUCUCAGAAUCCCAGUUGGAAGACCUGCCAAAGGCCAGGCAAUCUCCUCCUUCAGCUCGAGGGAACCCAGAGUUGUUGGAUGACACAAAGAGAACCCUGGCACCUGUCAGGGUACCAGUGGAAGUUGACCAGAGGUCUCGAGAGGAAGGCCCCCAUCAGAAAGUCUUGGAUGCUGAAAGGGGAGGUUUCAGGGCUGUGAAGGAGGAGGUUCCCGGCAGAGAUGCCCUCAGCAGGGAGACCCACCGCCAGCGCUUCAGGGAGUUCCGUUACCAGGAGGCUGAGGGGCCACUUGCUGAGCCUGUGGUCAGCUUCAGAGUACUUCCUGCCACCGUGGCUGUGGAAGCCUGGAAAGGUAUUCCAAAGAGCAGAUCCUGGAGCUUUUGAUCCUGGAACAGUUUCUGACCAUCCUACCACCAGAGCUCCAAAGCUGGGUGAUGGAAAAUGGCCCUGAGACCUGUGCCCAAGCGGUAGGUCUGGCUGAGGAUUUCCUGCAAAUACAACAGGAAGCCAAGAGGCAGGAUCAAAAGGGCUUUCGCCAUUGGCGGGUGUAUACGAGACUCAACAUCCAACCCAUACUGCACCCCUCUGAGGACUGAACAUGGUGUCCUGCAGUCCAUUUAUGUGCAGCUAUCCGAGUUUGUGAGGAUAUCUUGAAAGGAGCAUACCUGGAUGGAAGCUGAUGUGGAGAGUUCUCAGCUGCCUGUGGAACACUUCCCAAUGACCGAGUCUAUUCCAAGCCCCUCGGACAUUGACCUUCCCUCUCCAGAGCCUCGGCGCCGAAGAGAUGCCUGGUCUCGCAAGGAAACCAUUGCCUUCAUCGACAUCUGGAAAGCGGAAGAUGUUCAGAUUGCUCUGGGGCAGCAGCAAUUACCCGCGAACAUGAAGCUGAAAUUGUGCCGGAUUUUGCAGACCGGCCGCUGAGGAGCGGGCUGAUGAGCGAUGCAAAAGAACAGUGCCGCAGCCGUGCAAAGGACCUCAAGAGGGGCUACAAAGAGAUCAAGUGCGGGAAUCUUCAUUCCGGCCGGGCCCCCAAAACUGCCCCUUACUUCAAGCUUCUGGAGCAGUUCCUGUGCCUGCGGAAAGGCAUUGUUUGCGGCAAGGUGUGUGGUGCUGGUGUGGUGGAGCGGCUAGACAAGCGGCGGAAGCGGCUACCACUCAACCCCAUGGCUGCCACUAAAAUUGCACGAGAAGCUGCCAAUCCCACACCAGAGGCUCAGGAGGUGGAAGCCCCAGAACGAUACGCUGUGGUGACCUCAUCUCCCAAAGAGCUGCGGGUGACCCCGGCUGAUCCUGUGCCACUAACCCCCAAAGUGUUCAAGGAUACCAAUGCACAGAUUGUGGAAAAAGUAGAAACACCUCUGAGGGAUAAUCCUCUGUUGCCGCCUCCCAAAGAAACUACAGCUGAAAUCCAGGUGGUCGAUGCUGGAGAGGAGCAGCGGCGGUUGCCCAUCGGCAAUGCUGAGCGCAUGCGCUUCCGGAGGGAGCGCAACUGGAGGCAGCGCCUGGAGUCCUCGCGGCGCCUAACUGAGUCCUCCACUUCCAAGUCCAAUUCUGACCUUGUGGACACCCUCCGGCAGCUGCACCAGCAGGAUCUGAGGGCGUUCGAAAACAAGAGGCGGGAGGAGAGGGCAGAAGACAAGCAAGAGAGGCAUCUGGAGAAGCAGGACCGGGAGCAGGACCGUGCCACCACCCACCGCAUGAUAGCCGCCAUCGAACGGUCUCAUCAGACCCUGGCAGAUCUCAUGGGAAGGCAAACCUCUGCUAUGGAGACCAUUGCCACUGCAUUUUCAGCCCAGCGGUAUCCUUCUCCAGGGCCUUUCCCGAGCUACAAUAUGUACCCAGGGUUCAGCCCCCCCAUGUCUACUCAGCAUUCUGUUCUCAACACUGGUGAGAAGCAGGCCAAUACUUCUGUCAACAACACAACACCCUUGCAUUUUCCAGGCCAUGAUGAAUCCAGGGUGAGCGUUUCUGUGGAGGUACAAAAGGAUACUGGGCCUGAUGAGGUUGUGUCUUUUGUUGGCCCUCCCGCCAGCUUCCCAUCGGAUCCUGAUCCUUUCCCUUCUCUGAUGAUUCCCAAUCCUGAGGAUGUCCCCAGAUCCUCACCUGCUGCCUUUGAGGCCAGUCCAAAGAGGGUCAUGAAGAGAAAAAAUUGUGACUGAGAGAGAAUCGGUUCCCAAGCUUUUAACUCUGACCAAGUUUUUCUUCUUUUUUUCUUUCCAAGCAAUUCCAGGUUUUUUUUCUUUUGAAUUAAAAUAUGUAAGUUUGUUGUUUCA